AUGCCUGAGAUCGCAGAAGUAUCACGGGUAGUGCACUAUCUUAAGAAGCACCUCGUGGGUCGCACAAUCGCAUCAGUUCGUGCAGAAGAAGAUGACCUUCUCUUCGGCAAAGUCGGUACCUCAGCAAGCGCUUUCAAAACCGCCAUGACCGGCAAGAAGGUGCUCGACGCGCGCCAACAAGGAAAAUACUUUUGGCUCAUCAUGGAAUCAAAACCACAUCCGCUCAUGCAUCUGGGUAUGACUGGGUGGAUCAGGUUCAGCAACGAUGAUACAAGCGCAUACUACAGACCGAAGAAAGAAGAGGCAGACUGGCCACCGCGGUUCUGGAAAUUCGUGCUAGACUUGAAGGGAGAGCCAAAAUGCGAGGUCGCCUUUACAGAUCCCCGAAGGCUGGGGAGAUGCAGACUGAUUGACGCUGAAGCGGAUGAGAUGAGAAAAGUUUCGCCAUUGAAGGAGAACGGGCCGGAUCCAGUCAUUGACAAGGACGUGCUGACCGUGGAGUGGCUCACGCAGUUGCUGAGACGCAAGAAAGUGCCAGUCAAGGCGUUGCUACUGGACCAGGCGAACAUUUCUGGAAUCGGCAAUUGGGUUGCUGACGAAACAAUGUACCAAGCGAAGCUACAUCCGGAACAGUACAGCAACACCUUCAGCGACGAACAAAUCAAGAGACUACAUGAUGCAAUCAUGUACGUGUGCGAUACAGCAGUGGACGCACUUGCGGAGUCAGACAAGUUUCCGAAGGACUGGCUCAUGAAAUACCGGUGGGACAAGGGCAAGAAGACUGGUGGCAAGCUACCGAACGGUGCAAAGAUCACGUUCUUGACGGUGGGCGGACGCACGUCUGCAGUCGUGCCGAGCGUGCAGAAGAAGACAGCAGCUGUGGCCGGUGAUGUGUCUGAGUCUGCUGAUGAUGGCAGUGAAGAGGCUGAGACGGAAGUCAAGCCGAAGAAAAGCGUGAAGAGGAAGACUAAAGUGGAUAAGGUCGAGGAUGGUGAAGCAGCUGCGCCAUCGGCAUCAGCAAAUAGGCCAAGGAGAGGGCGAAAGCAGGUCGAUUACGAGGUCAAGGACGAGUCUGAUGAAGACAUUGAGGAAUCAUCUGCUCCCAAGAAGCAGAAGACGAGUGCGGCGCCGAAGAAAAAAAAGGCUGUAUCAAAAGAAUCUACCGACGCACCAGCAAAGAACAACAAAAAUACGGAAGUCAAGGAGGAGGUUGACACACAAGAGCCAGACGGGCGGCGUAGGUCCGGUCGUACUGCAAACAAGGAGCAGACGCUCUUUCGCUCCGUUGUCAAAUACUAUGAGGGCAAACAAUAUAAGAAGGGCCUCAAAGCCGCCGACCAGAUUCUCAAGAAGCACCCCUCCCAUGGCGAUACACAGGCCAUGAAGGCACUCAUUUUGAACUCGCAAGGCCAUGGCGACGAAGCAUUUGCACUCUGCAAGGACGCUUUGAGAAACGACAUGAAAUCGCACAUCUGCUGGCACGUUUAUGGGCUGUUGUGGCGAUCAGUCAAGAACUACGAGGAGGCGAUCAAGGCAUACAAGUUCGCGCUGCGGAUAGAACCUGGCUCAUUGAAUAUUUUGCGCGACCUCGCCCUGCUCCAAUGUCAGAUCCGCGACUUUGACGGCUACAUCGAGAGCAGGCGAAAGAUGAUGCAGGAACGCCCGCAAUUGCGACAGAACUGGACUGCAUUGGCCGUUGCUUUCCACUUGGCAGGCAAUCUGACAGAAGCAGAGAACAUUCUAAAGACCUACGAAGAGACGCUGAAGCAGCCACCGCCGAAAGGUGACAUCGAGCACUCCGAAGCUGUUCUCUACAAGAACACGAUCAUUGCUGAGUCAGGAGAUACCGAGCGCGCACUUACGCAUCUGGACGAGAUCAUCAAGAGCAACCUGGACCGCACAUCUGCGUAUGAGCUGAGGGCGAAAUAUUUGCUGGAUCUCGGGCGCAACGAGGAAGCUGAGCAGGCAUAUCGGAAGUUGCUGGACAGGAACAGCGAGUAUCGUGCAUACUUCGAUGGACUCGAGAAGGCGCUCGGGUUGAGCCGCGAAAACGAGGCAGACAUCGAGAAGCUGGCCGAGCUCUACCAGUCGUACGCCGACAAAAACAACCGCAACGAUGCGAGCAGGCGCAUCCCUCUGGAUUUCUUGUCCGGUGAAGCCUUCAAAGUGUCUGCAGACUCAUACCUUCGCUGGAAGCUGAACAAGGGCGUUCCCUCAACAUUCCCCAACAUCAAGGCAUUGUACGCCGAUGCCGAGAAGAAAGCCAUCAUUGAAGAACUGGUCCUCGGGUACGAGUCGGAGAAGAAGUCGAACGGUUCCGCUACUGAGGAGACAAACGGGGACAAGGCAGACCGUUUCGAGCAGUCUGUGCUUUAUUUCCUUGCGCAGCACUACAACUACAUUCUGAGUCGCGACCUCAAGAAGGCUGAUGAGUACAUUGACCGACUCAUCGAGAUGGACCCCAAAUCUGUUGAUUACCAUCAGACGAAGGCACGCAUCCAGAAGCAUGCCGGCGACGUGAAGAAGGCCGCGGAGACGAUCAACCACGCACGCGAACUUGACGAGCGCGACCGAUACAUCAACACAAAGUGCGCCAAGUACCAAUUGCGCGCCGACGAGAACGAAAAGGCAUUGGCGACAAUGAGCAAAUUUACAAGGAACGAGGCGGUUGGCGGUCCACUGGGUGACCUACACGACAUGCAGUGCAUGUGGUACCUCCUCGAAGAUGGCGAGGCGUACGCACGUCAGCAGAAUCUGGGCUUGGCUUUGAAGCGUUUCACUGCGAUAGCAGAUAUCUUCGAUGUUUGGCACGAGGACCAGUUCGACUUCCACAGCUUCUCGCUACGAAAGGGACAGAUUCGCGCAUACAUGGAGAUGAUCAAGUGGGAAGAUCACCUCCGCAACCAUCCCUUCUUCACACGAGCGGCUGUCAACGCCAUCAACAUCUAUCUCCAACUAUCGGACGACCCCAAGUUGGCGAACCCUAACCAGGUGGAUCUUAGCAAGCUCGACCCUACAGAACGUAAGAAGGCCGAGAAGAAGGCCAAGAAGGAGAGGGAGAAGAGGGAGAAGGAGGAGGCCGAGAGGAAAGCGGCUGCUGCUGCCAAGGCUACUGCUAAGGCAGACGAUGAGGACAAGAAGAAGGAGGACACAGACCCCAGGGGCGAGAAGCUCUUGCAGACAAAGGAGCCGCUUGAGGCUGCUCAGAGGUUCUUGAAGCCUAUGCUUGAGCUCAGCACAAAGAUCGUCGAGGCGCAGAACGUUGGAUUUGAGGUCUACCUCAGGAGCCAGAAGUAUUUGCUUGCCCUGAAAUGUCUGCAAGCUGCGCGAGAGCUCGACCCUGAGAACCCGAAGGCGCAUGAGCAGAGUGUGCGUCUCCGCCAAGCUCUUAGCAAAGCCACCGAUCUCCCAGCCGAGGUCUCCCAGGUUAUCAAGGACACCUUCACCACACCAUCUGUCGACGCUGAUCUCAAAGCCUACAACGAUGACUUUGCAAAGAAGCACUCCGACAGCGCCUCCCACCUCCAAGCCGCGUACGCCACCCGUCACGCUCUUGACAGCAAUGCAAAGAGCCAGAACGAGGCGGAUCUUAUCAAGGCAUUGGAAAUUUCCAGUAUCACAUUUGAGGAGGCCGAACAGGGGCUGGCAUUACUGGGCAAGUGGAAGAGUGAUGAGAAAGUUAAAGAUGAGUACAAGAGCAAGGCUACGAGCAGGUGGAGCGAGGCUACCGUUUUCAAAAAGUAG